CACACUUUGUUUUGCCCAAGAUCCAGGCCCAUCUCCAUUGGAGUUUCAAAUUCCGAUUAGCCCCUAGGGAAUCCCAUCUCUAUACAAAAAAAAAAAACCUAGAGAGAGAACCCAAAAAAGACGGUGAAAUGAAAGAGAACCCAAGAACAGGAGAGAGAGAGAGAGAGAGAGAACUCAAAAUAUGAGUAAAGGAAGCUUGAGAUAGUCCUUGAAAGAAAACUAGGCAAAUCGAAGAAGGGAAACCAGAGAAAGGACCAGAAGAAAACAGACUGAAUACAAAAGGAAGAGACAGAGAGAGAGAGGUUGGUGGGCAACAAGAGGGAGGCCGAGAGAAAUAAAUCUACAGGUUUGUUUCAAUCAGCCAAGGGAAUCCCCUUCUGUGAGAGCGAGACUGCCUUUUAUGACAAGUUGAGGGCACAUGUACAUGGAGUCCUUGUUUUCAGCCACUUGAAUAAGAAAAAAGAGGAAAAGGCUGCUACAAAUGGAUACCAUUAGACCAACCCAUCAUACCCAUUUCCCUUUCAGGACAUUAUUAUUUGGUUUUUUUUGUUUCACAGUUGGAAUUUUCACCAUAUAUUAUUAUUACCAAAGCAAUCUUUUGGUGCAUUUUAUUGUAUUUAUCAUUUCCAUUUUAGCUCUUUAUACGGUUACUCCUUGUUCCAGACACUCCAUCAGGGAAAACCCACAUGUUAUUGUGCCUGUAGAGAGUUCAGACACUUGCAUAGAGGAAGAUCUAGAGAGAGAAAACUUGACCAAAAACGAGUUAGAGAUAGAAAGAGUGGAGGAAGAGAAUCAAGAGACAGAAAAUGGUGUGGAGGCACUAGAUUCUUGUUCAGAUGAUGAGAGCCUCAUUGAGAUUGAUUUGCCUGAUGGGAACUAUAUUGGGUCUAAAGACAUUGUGAUGGGAAACUGUGAAGAGAGCUUGUUGAGGGCUCAGGGAUUAAUGGAGUUCCUCUCAGAGUUUGUAGAAGAUAACUUGAUAGAGAUUGACAUCUCAAUGGGAUCCAUUAAGUGCUCCAGGUUUGAUUUCAAACCAUGAAUGCAUUCAUCACAAUCUCUCUGUUUCUCUCAUCUAGGUAAAUUGAAAUCAAAAACCCAUGUUCAAAAUUUCGGUGCUCAUUGAGUCUGUACAAAAUGAUUUACUUAGUUAAUGGA